CCAAAUCUAUCAGACGUCACACCCCCAACCAAUACACAGCUUCGUGGUGGGGGGAAAUGUCAAACUAGAACCUCACGUCAGCUGUUUCGCGGUAUGUUGUAUUAGAAACAAAUGCUAGCAUCGAAUCAGCUGUUGUGUUGACAUACGAACAUCACCCGAAGAAGUACAAUGUCAGAGAACGAGGCCACGACGUCGCAUCCCGAGUCCGCGAACGAGGGUGGCGACAAAGAGAAUGAGUUUCUCGAGCCCGAAAACAAACGUCGCAAGACAACCCCCAACAGCGACAAGAAGUACAAACUAGAGGAGCGCCUCGGCGGAAUUUUGUGCUGCGCAGUUUGCCUCGACCUACCUAAAGCUGCAGUUUACCAGUGCAGCAAUGGUCACCUCAUGUGUGCUGGAUGUUUCACACACCUCCUUGCUGAUGCCCGUUCUCGGGACGACACACCCACUUGUCCCACGUGCCGGGUCGAAAUCUGCAAGACCACAGCCACCCGAAAUUUGGCGGUGGAGAACGCCGUCUCCGAACUUCCAUCCGAGUGUCAGUUCUGCAACAAGCAGUUCCCGAGGAAUUCGCUAGAACGUCACGAACAAGAGGAAUGCGAGGAGAGAGUUUCAGGAUGCAAGUACCAUAGGAUAGGGUGCCCGUGGAGGGGACCCUUCCACGAGAAGACCAACCACGAGCAGGAGUGCGGACACCCGAAGAAAAGUGGCGCCGAGGUGAUGGAAGCUCUGGAAAUACUGGACCAGAAGGUAAUGGAAGAAAGAAAGUUGUAUAAAGCCAUCUUCGAAUUGUUGGGUUAUGACAAGAUCACGUUCAAUGACAUUCAACUAAAGCCAUACCGGAGCGACGACUUUGUCCACCGGCUGCUAUACGAAUCGUCAAGGUUUUACGUCUCCGGGCAUCAGUGGCUUGUCAAGGCUAAAAUCACCGAAAACCAGAAGGAUCCAACGCAAAACUCGGAGAGAGUUAUGACUUAUCAGCUUGUACUUAAGUCAAAGGUGUCGACGGCAUUGAGCUUAAGUUACAUUGUUCUUUGUGGUCCUGUGGGCGACAUCAAGGUGCAGCCGCGCGUCUACAAGUUCGACUUCACGGAACACGAGAAUGAAACUCCGUAUGAAACAUUUCCACUAAUCGAUGCAGCUGAAUGUAAUCGGUUGCUAGCGGCCAAGACGAUUAAUUUCAGGUUAAUCAUGUUUUGGGCCUCAAAUUGAUUCUAUUCUUUCUGGUACAGGUGCAUUAUUUUAAUUUUUAGUUAUUGGAAUGAAUUUGUCAGCGAAAGGUAUAUUUGUACAUGUUUUGAGAUUAUAUUUUACAAAUCUUUGUUUAAUUUAAGACUUUUUAUGUGCGGAUUUUAUUUAAAUAUUGUGUGGCGUGUUCACCGACUAGUGAGAUUUUUUUCAUUGUUUUUGAGAUUUUUGUUACCUCCAUUUUUGUGUUGCCAUUCUUUUUACUUUUAUAGAAGAGAAAUCAGUGUGUUUUUUAAGAUUUGUACCAUUUAUUAAUUUAUAAAGUUUCGUUUUUUCAUUGUCAUUCACUAUCGCGAGGGUAGGUAGUAAGUACGUUAAAAUUAAUUUAGUUUGUUUACAAUCCAUGGAAACUGAUCUUGGUAGAAUAUAGAUUUUGAAAAA